AUGAGUGGUGUGUUAGCUGCAAAGUGUCAAACUGAAGACUCCAGGAAGGAAAGGGACGACGAGACGGAAAGGAACCAGAUGACAAGAAAGGGGACACCCUCUCUGGAGGAGCUGAUUGAGCUUUUACAUGCAGCUCCACGCUCCUGUCGCCAUGGAGAUGAGGUCUGGCCUAACCUAUAUCUGGGAGACAUGUGUAUGUCUCAUGACAAAUUCGGAUUAUGGACGUUGGGCAUCACCCAUGUGCUCAAUGCAUCACAUGGCAAACUGUGCUGCAAAGGCAGCGAUGACUUCUACGGAACCACGGUGAAAUACUACGGUGUGCCAGCCAAUGACCUGCCCACCUUCGACAUUUCACCUUUCUUCCACCCCGCUGCUGACUUCAUUGGCCUCGCCCUCACAUCAGGAGGAAGGGUGCUGGUGCACUGUGCUGUAGGUGUGAGUCGCUCAGCCACUUUGGUCCUAGCCUACCUGAUGAUUCACCAUCACCUCAGUCUUAGGUCCGCUAUACAACAUGUGCUACAGAACCGCUGGAUCUUUCCAAACAGAGGCUUCCUAAGGCAGCUUAUGACGCUUGAAAAAUCCUUGCAGAGCAAAAGAUGA